AAAAAAUGUUUAAACUCUCCUGUCUUAAAAAGUACAAAUGGAAGAGGCAUUUCUGAGGCUGGACUCCAUGAGGAAAUGGCUGAAGUUCACACAGAUGCUGCUGCCACAGCCUGACCUGGCCACCAUCAGUGACUCCUAAACCCUCAGUCUGCUGCUGAGGCUUAGAGCAAAUGGACAACCUGUGAGGAGAUGAACUUGGAGAAGCAGAGAACAGAAAAGGUGUGAGAUCUGUCUGGCAUUUAUAUGAAGGCAACAAGAACCUUGCUGUGUUCUCUGCUGCAGCAGCAGCUUGGGCAGAACAUGGCACUCUAAGGGCUUCAGGAACAGACUCCAUGAGGAAAUGGCUGAAGUCCACACAGAUGCUGCUGCCACAGCCUGGCCUGGCAACCAGCAGUGACUCCUAAACCCUCAGUCUGCUGCUGGAGCUUAGAGCAAAUGGAGAGCCUGUGAGGAGAUGAACUUGGAGAAGCAGAGAACAGAAAAGGAGACAAACAUGGACCUCACCACGUGGAUGAACAACUACACUGGACAGUCAGAUUUCACCCUGGUGGGAUUCUUCAGUCAAUCCAAACACCCUGUCCUGCUCGCUGUGAUCAUAUUUGUGAUAUUCCUGAUGGCCUUGUCUGGGAACGCCCUCCUGAUCCUGCUAAUACUCUAUGACAUCCACCUCCACAUUCCUAUGUACUUUUUUAUCAGCCAGCUGUCCCUCAUGGACAUGAUGUACAUUUCUGUCACUGUGCCCAAGAUGCUCAUGGACCAGGUCCUGGGGAGCCACAAGAUCUCAGCUGCUGCCUGUGGGAUGCAGAUGUUCCUCUAUGUGACACUAGCAGGUUCGGAAUGUUUCCUUCUGGCUGCCAUGUCCUAUGACCGCUAUGUGGCCAUCUGUCAUCCACUCCAGUAUCCUGUCCUCAUGAACCACAGGGUUUGUCUCCUCCUGAUGUCUGUAUGUUGGAUCCUGGGAUCCUUGGAUGGCUUCAUGCUCACCCCUGCUACCAUGACCUUCCCAUUCUGUGGAUCCCGGGAGAUCCAUCACUUCUUCUGUGAGGUUCCUGCUGUGACAAAGCUCUCCUGCUCAGACACCUGGCUCUAUGAGACCCUCAUGUAUAUGUGCUGUGUACUUAUGCUUCUCAUCCCUGUGACAGUCAUUUCAGGCUCUUAUUCAUCCAUCCUCCUCACUGUUCUCAGGAUGAAUUCAGCAGAGGGCAGGAAGAAGGCUCUUGCCACUUGCUCCUCCCACAUGACUGUGGUCAUCCUCUUCUAUGGCGCUGCUGUCUAUACCUACAUGCUCCCUGCCUCCCUCCACACCCCUGAGAAGGACAUGGUGGCAUCUGUGUUUUACACCAUAGUCACCCCUCUAUUGAACCCAAUAAUCUAUAGUUUUAGGAAUAAGAAUGUCACAGAGGCUAUGAAGAAAUUGUUCGGUGUGAGCACCCUCUUCCAAGAAACAGUAAAGUAA